CAGAAAUUGUUUGUACCUCACCAACGCUCACCACCUCGGUUGACCUUCCCAGUGCAUCAAACGCUGUCCUUAGGUCGUCGAUAUCGUUCUCCAACUGGAACUACUGUACUCCGUAAAUGCCCUCCCUUUCCAUACUUCUUUGACCAGUAUUACUGGACAUCAUACAUUCAAGAUGGUUGUCGCCGGGCUUCGCAGCCUACUGCUGCUUCUGCUCUACAGCUUGACGGCUCUUGCUGCAAGUACCACCGGCACCACCAGUGACGCAUCCAAGUUACCCAGAUCAGUCACUCUCUCGUACGAGUUGAUCGGAUCCUCUUCGAUCUCACCGUUGGUGACAGUCUUCUACGAUCCCAAGACCCUGAAGCAUGCUUUGUCCGAGUGGUCACCUCCAACAUUAGAUUCUCCGGAGUCCACGAGUCCUGAGCCCACCUCUUCUCGACUGCUCCGAAUCCUCCUCCCUAAUGGCAGCUCCACUAUCACGACACUCGACACGUUCAGCGAAGAUGUCCAUCAGAAGAUUGAUCUCUGGAUCUCUCCAGAGGACGGCUCGGUAUUCUCGGCUUCUGUGUCAAGCUUAUCUCCUCCACCCUUGUCACCAGAAGAAGAGCGUUAUAGGAAGAAGGUCGAAAGAGCUAAGGCGAAAGGGAAACCCAUACCAGCAAGGCCUCCAGUCCCAAACACGAAGAAGGCCCGAGAGGAAGCUGCAAAACAACUUGCGCUAUAUGAACCUAUCAAGGUCAACCUCAUCACUUCCGCACCUGGUCCUGCGCCGUCCUUGAAUACUCGGAAACCGCCUCCCGUGGACGCCGAAGGAAGGGAGCUUGCACAAGAGGAGCAGCCGGAAAAGAGCUUCUUUCAGAAAUACUGGUGGGUCUUCUUGAUCGGUCUCAUGCUCAUAAUGACCGCUGGUGGAGGAGAGAAAUAAGCUGCAGGCAACAGCAGACACCAUUAGGAAGGCUUCCGAAGACAUCAUGUACCGAAUGGCUACCAAGCUCA